AUGGUGUUGAGAGGGGUGUCAAGUGACGUGCUGCGGAGCCCGCCUGGGGCCAGCGUGAACCUUACCUGCCCUGGGAGGGAGCCAGCGGACAAUGCCACCGUUCACUGGGUGCUCUCUGGCUCGCACCGUAGACGAUGGUCGGGCGUCGGAAGGACGCUGCCUCUGCGCUCGGUGCAGUUCAGUGACUCUGGCAACUAUUCCUGCUACGUGGAUGGCCGCCUGGCUGGGACCGUGGGCUUCCUCGUGGAUGAGCCUCCUGAGGAACCCCGUCUCUCCUGCUUCCUGAAGAGUGCCUUCAGAAAUGCCACCUGUGAGUGGAGACCUCUAAAUCCUCCCUCCCCAACAACCAAGGCCACGCUGUUCGUGAGGCUGCUCAAAACUGUCCCGGCGCAGGACUUUCAGAAACCCUGCCCAUACUCUUGGGAGUCCCGCAAGUUCUCCUGCCUCUGGCCGAUCCGGGAAGGACAGAAGCAUUACUUGGCCCUGUCUCUGUGCAUCGCCACGAGCGCUGGGAGCAAGACCAGCAACAAGGUGGCCUUCGACAGCCAUGGAAUCUUGAAGCCUGACCCACCGAUCAACAUCAUGGUCACUGCCGUACCUGGACACCCGCGCUGGCUCAACGUCACCUGGGAAGAUCCCGACAGCUGGAACACAAAUUUCUACCGGCUGAAGUUUCAAGUUCGAUACCGGGCUGCGUGGUCCAAGAAGUUCACAGUGUGGAUAAUCCAGAAGCGACACCACUGCAUCAUCUCUGACGCCUUGCAAGGCGUGAGGCACGUGCUGCAGAUCCGGGCCCAGGAGGAGUUUGGGAUAGGCAAGUGGAGCGACUGGAGCCCGGAAAUCAUGAGAACUCCCUGGACAGACAACAGAAGCACCCCGGCUGUGACCCCCAAGACGUCCAUCUGGGACCUUUACGAAGACUAUUAUGACGAGGCUCGCUACAGGAAUUCUGCAAAAGCAACAAGCCUCCCGGUGCAAGAUCUGUCCUCAGUGUCACUAUCCACAUUCCUGGUGGCUGGAGGAAGCCUGGCUUUUGGACUGCUCCUCUGCAUUGCCAUUGUCCUGAGGCUCAGGAAGACUUGGAAGUCGCAGGCGAUGAAGGAACGGAAAGCCUGCGCAUCCUCGCCCUGCGCCUCCGAGCAGCCCAAGCCCACCCUGGCGCUGGUUCCUCUCCUUGCUGCAGCCCCAGCUGGAAACGCCGCCGGGAGCCGCAGCUUCCCGGACGCUGGGAGGGAGCCGCGGGGCCCGUAUGACAUCUCCAAUCGAGACUACUUCUUCCCGGGGUAGCCGGGCGGCGGAAGCUGGCAGCAACGCCCGGUGGGUGAGGCCCCCGGA